AAAUAUAGUAAACUUAGAUUCUUCUACUUCCACCUCGUCAACCCGAGCUGGAAACCUGAGUCGGAGCCACAAACAGCAUUUUCGAAUAAAACAAAGAGGAAAACCACUAAAGAUUUUCAAAUCCUUAGAACGAAUUGGGACAAAAAAAAAAAAAGAAAAAAGAAAAGGUGUUUGACGCAUUUUCUGAGGAAACAAACAACCUGUAGUGAGUGCCUUGAUCAUUCCGGCACGCCGGCCCUUGAAAUCCCUAAAUACCUCCUCGACAGUACGCGGAUUAUACUGUGGUCCUCCUCCCUCCAUGUCUCCGCCUCUGCAAUUCGGUCGUCGCUGUUGCGAAUGGUCAAAGCGAAGCGAAAGAGUUAAAAUAAAGAG